CGGCGCAUGCGCGAAGCCCUCAGUUUCGCCUCAUUCCUUUGACGUCGCGGCGGAGCCGGCCUCGACGUGACGGAGCGGGACGGAGGAGGCGGAGGCGAAGCUAUGGCCCAGGCCGGGCCCGCCGCGGAGCCCACGGCGGAUGCUCUCCUCCAGCGAGUGGCCGAACUGGAAAAAGUCAAUGCCGAAUUCCUCCUCACAAAACAGCACCUCGAGCAAGAAUUCAAUCAAAAGAGGGCAAAAUUUAAAGAGCUGUAUCUCGCCAAAGAAGAGGACCUGAAGAGGCAAAAUACCGUAUUGCAAGCAGCCCAGGAUGACGUGGAGCAGCUGCGGUCGCAGCUCAUGGAGGCCCAGGCCGAAAUGGAGAACAUCAAAGCCAUUGCAACCGUAUCCGAAAAUACGAAGCAAGAGGCCAUCGAUGAGGUGAAGAGGCAAUGGCAGGAAGAAGUGGCUUCGCUGCAGGCGAUAAUGAAAGAAACUGUCCGUGACUAUGAACACCAGUUUCAUCACAGGCUGGAGCAAGAGCGAGCCCAGUGGAAUCAAUACCGGGAGAAUGUGGAACGGGAAAUCAUGGAGCUGAGGAGGAGGCUGUCGGAAGGCCAAGAAGAGGAGAACCUAGAGAACGAAAUGAAGAAGGCUCAAGAAGAUGCGGACAAGCUCCGCUCCGUGGUGAUGCCCAUGGAGAAGGAGAUUGCGACUCUGAAAGAGAAACUGAUGGAGUCUGACGAGAGGAUAAAGGAGCUGGAAGCUUCAAAGGUGAAAGAACUGAAUCAUUAUUUGGAAGCUGAGAAAUCCUGUAGGACUGAUCUCGAAAUGUACGUGGCCGUCCUGAACACUCAGAAGUCAGUGCUGCAAGAAGAUGCCGAGAAGUUGCGAAAGGAGCUUCACGAAGUCUGCCGCCUGUUAGAGCAGGAGCGGCAGCAGCACAACCAGCUGAAGCACACCUGGCAAAAGGCCAACGACCAGUUCUUGGAGUCCCAGCGCUUACUGAUGCGGGACAUGCAGUGGAUGGAGCGGGUGCUGACCUCUGAGCAGCUGCGGCAAGUCGAGGAGCUCAAGAAGAAAGACCAGGAAGACGAAGAACAGCAACGAUUGCACAAAAGGAAGGAAGACAAGCAGAAAGGCACCGACGAGGAAUCGAGAGUGGUGUGUUGCUCCGUCGCUCAUGACGAAUCCCUCCCUCGGUUCCCCGGCGAAGAGGUCCAUCUAAACAACAGCGCCCACGGUUCAGUCCACUCCCUGGAUACGGACGCGCUGCUGUCUUCGGGCGAAUCCCUCAAGUCGGACACGGACCUGUUCAAAGAGGGCCUACGGCGGGCGCAGUCGACGGACAGCCUGGGGGCGGCCUCGGGGGGCUCCCUGCAGGCCAAAGCGCUGGGCUACAACCAUAAGGCCAAGUCGGCCGGGAACCUAGACGAGUCCGACUUCGGGCCGCUGGUUGGCGCCGACUCGGUGUCGGAGAACUUCGACACAGCCUCCUUGGGGUCGCUGCAGAUGCCCGCGGGCGGGUUCAUGCUCACCAAGGACCAGGAGAAGGCCAUCACGGCCAUGACGCCCGAGCAGGAGGAGACGGCCUCCCUCCUCUCCAGCAUCACCCAGAGUGUCGAAAACACUUAUGUGUCUCCCAGCGGAUAUCGUUUAGUGAGCGAGAUCGAGUGGAAUCUGCUCCAGAAAGAGGUGCAGAAUGCCGGGAACAAACUGGGGCGGCGCUGCGACAUGUGCUCCAAUUACGAGAAGCAACUGCAAGGGAUACAGAUCCAGGAGGCCGAGAUGCGGGAUCAGGUGAAGAAAUUGCAGGCAAUGCUGCGUCAGGCCAACGACCAACUCGAGAAAACGAUGCGGGAGAAGCAGGAAUUGGAGGAGUACAUGAAGCAAAGCACCGAAGACUCGGAAAACCAGAUCGUAUCGCUUACGACGAGAGUCCAGGAGUCGGAGUCCCUGCUUGGCGAACUGCAGCAGGCCUUUUCCCAAGCCAAGAGAGACAUCCAGGACCAAAUGGUCGUCCUGACCCAGUCACGGGAACACGUCUCGGAGGAGCUAUCCCGGCUGCAGAGGGACAAUGAGAGCCUUCAGGGGAAGCACAGCCUCCACGCCUCUUUGCAGCAAGCCGAGAACUUCGUCCUCCCUGAAUCGGGAGAGGAGCUCCGCGAACUCAUCCUCAAAUACCGUGAAGAUAUCAUCAGCGUCCGGACUGCGGCCGACCACCUGGAAGAGAAACUGAAGGCGGAGAUCCUGUUUCUGAAGGAGCAGAUCCAAGCCGAACAGUGUCUGAAAGAGAACAUAGAGGAGACUCUCCAGCUAGAAAUAGAGAACUGCAAGGAGGAGAUUGCUGCUGCCUCCGGCCUGAAAGCCGAAUUGGAGAGAAUAAAAGCAGAGAAGGAGCUGGUGGAGUCCACCUUGAAGGAGAAAAGGCAGCAGCUGGAAGGCUUUCAGGGAAGGAAAAACAGCCUCGAAGAGCAGCUGAGGAAGGAGGCGGCAGCAAAGGUGACCCUCGAGCAGCUGAUGUUCGAGGAGAAGAACAAAGCGCAGCGUCUUCAGACGGAGCUGGAUGUCAGCGAGCAAGUGCAGAGGGAUUUUGUGAAGCUCUCGCAGACCCUGCAGGUCCAGCUGGAGCGGAUCCGUCAGGCCGACUCCCUGGAGCGGAUCCGGGCCAUCCUCAACGACACCAAACUGACAGACAUUAACCAGCUGCCCGAAACAUGACCCCCUCCUCGGACAGCGAGGCGAUGAGGCGGCGAGGCCACGUCGGGUUUUUUCUCCCCCCAGAAAAACUCAUCUUUAUAGCAAAACGUUUAAUAACUAUUAUUAUUAUUAUUAUUUAACUCUUUAACCGAAAGCGCAGAAGAUGGCGCGAGGGAGCAGUGUGGUUCCAGGCGGCGUUUCCAGGAGGGAGAAGAAGAGAAAGAAAGGAGGCUUUGUGUUUUGCGGGUGAGAGACGAGGAUCGAGGCGCAGAGGCGGGUGCUUUCCGGGGGUCUGCCGUCCCUCACUUUUUCCUUAACUCCAGAAAGCAGCGUUCUCUCUCUCCCAUACUCCCUUCUUCCCUCUGUAAUCAGUUUCUUUUUCUACGACGAUCAAGGAAGCUGCUAGAAACCAACGUCUCCCAAAUUCGAUUUCAGACAAAAGCUAUCGACCCCACCGGCGACUGAAUGGUUGCCAACAGGAGCAAGGCAGGAGGGGUUUGUAGUAGUAAGACAUGAUAUUUUAUAUUAAAAUACGGAUUAAGUUUUCCGGAAUUUGGGGCUGGAGGGCUUUCAAAGCUCGAUGCACUUUGUUCCUACUUUGUGUGUUUUUAAGAGCCCGGUUUGGCAGUUGAGAGGUAGUGACGGAGCGGCCAAAGAAAGGGAGGAAAAGGAACAAAAUCCACGGAUCACUUGGGUUUUGGGAUCCAAGUUUCCUGGUCACCUGGGAGUCACAAGGGAAGUCACUCUUGAGAAGCAAAAAUGUCCUGCGGGUAAAGCAGAUAAAGCUUUCAUUUCAGGGAAGAGAGGCCUAGUGGUCUCUUGCCCUCACACAACAAUAAUAAUCAAGUCUUCAUUCGAUUCUUUCUUAGUGAUGGGGCAGAUGUUAUGAUGUCUCCCCCCUGCCCCAAUGAAUCUGUGUGGCUUUUUCAGAGUUUGGAAUGUACCGCGGAUAUCGAAGCCCACUCUUUUAGGUUCUUGCAUGGAGAACAAAACCAGUUGAGCUGGAUCCAAGCCCCAUUGAAACCAAGGAGACUUCAGCUCAUCUCUGAAUAAGGAGCUUGGCAAUGUAUCUGAUAGUUAUGAAUCUCUGCUGAAAGUAGGGGGGGCCCUUUUGCGUUGCUUUGAACAUUCGUCACCCGGCGGACGUGGACGUACGUGUGAAGGCAACGCUUGUGAAACGGCUGUUGGAAUGGGGAUCUUCCUGGGAUAAGUCUCCGUAGAAGCGGAUUGUGGAAGCUGCGUUUAGGGUUUGAAUUCAGAGCCAUCUCGUCACACUCGGAACCUGGUUUGAUCCAUCCAGCGAGAGGAAGGAUAACGAAAGCGGGCUGGGUUUCGAAGGCUGGAAAAAACACCAAGUCGAAGAGAAACACCAUCAUGUUUGUCCACCUUCACUGAAAGUGUUUUUGAGUCCUUUCCGCUGGCACAAACUAUGUAUUUGAGAGCCACUGAAUUGUCAGUUGAGCAUUGGUGGUGUAAUGGGUUUAAGGAGCUACAAAAUGUGAGCACUCUGGUCAGAAGGGGGGAGUUUUUUUGUGGAGAAGCAACGGUUAACAUUGGGGAAUUCUUAAAUUGUGUGCAAAUGGAGAGUCCUUUUCUCACGCUGCUUUGGGAAAUUUUACACUGGACUUUAGGAGAGGGAUCCAUCCUCUUGUCUUCAUCUUGCCGAGUCUGUUGGAAGCAUUUUGGUUUGGUUUUUUUGCUCUACUGCCCAUCUUUUCUGACAGAAUGCACCCACGGUGUUUAAAGCAUCGAAAAACGAAGCCGCUUUUGCCGUUCGAUCAAGACCUCGCAGGCUAUAAUGAAUUAUGAACGAGCCACUUCCAUGUGAUGCUGCACAAGGCCGCUGACUGAGCCUUUGAUUUUUGGGAGCCUUAAACCUACUCCAAAGACACUUUGGGGAACUACACUUUCUGCAGAGAGAAGGAAAAAGCGGAUAGCGCAGUCGUACUAAGCUGUAACAGAUAUUGACAACAUCUUGCUACAACCAGAAGCCCUAAGACCCCAAAGCACACACUUAUUUGAGGCCGAAAAGGGAAAAUAAUCGUCAGACUCGAGGGGGGGGGGGGUUCUCCUCCAAUUCAGCCUCUGUUUUCAGGGGGGAACGCUCUUCUCGCCAGACAGGGCUGCGUCACAACCUCGGCUUUUGUUCCUUUGCGAUGACGGUCGGGGCUCCACUACUGCGACAGUCCGCUCGUACUGAUUCUGUGCAGAACGUAUGGAGGAGAAAUGCCAUCAGGAUCGAACUCUCUUGUUCUGUAUACGUGUACAGUCUUUUCAUAUGUGCGGCCUGCGUUCUUCCAGCAUGUGUGAUCGUUAACCAUGACCCCCGAUUUUCUUUCUUGCCUCGGUGGCCUCAUCACGCAAGAGAAACCCUCCAAAGCAUGGUUUGGCCCAAGAGGAGAAGGGCGGCCGCGUCCUCGCUUGGUUCCCUUUGCGGAAAAGCUCGCUUUCAGAUUCCGCGCAACAGGAGGGUUUGGGGAUCAUGCUGUAUUCCAACCAGUCGAGCCACCGGUGUCCUGUGAAAGUGUGGGUGUGGGAUUCUCCUGUCUACCGAAUUUUUAAAAAAUCAAUAAAAUGAAAUGUAACCCUUUGUUAACUGUAUUGAAAGGCGUAUCCUUACAAAGUGUUCCAAAUUAAAGGAGGAAAUUAAAGAAAAA